ACUUGGCAGACAUCCAGCAACUCCAGUUGUACGCAGGGGCUCGGCUGAGGCCCGCGCUGCAGCAAUUGGGCCCGCAGUCAUAAUUGACGAGCGGAGGCCGAUCCACAGCACUCGGAAAUCGGGCAUGGAAGAAUCAAAACAUCACUAGAUUCGCGUCCAACCACCUCGCUUCCGCCCUCCACUCGACCGGCCACCGACCAACCCGACAGCCUCUUCCGGCAGCUUCCACACUUUCUCCGGCAUUGCACACAUCCACUGCCUGCCUUCUCCCUCAGGAGCCUCGCGGCCGCCGAUCUCGGUAACUUCUCUUUUUCUCUCUCUGGAAAAAUGAAAACAAAAGAGAAUCAUGUGGGCGUCGCUUGGAAGCUACACAAGACGUGGGGUUGGUGAGUGGGGCGUAGUGGUUGGCAGGGAGGUGGGUUCUUUUUCAGCGCCAGUAUCGCCAUCUAAGCAGUAAAAUUCGCAUCAGAGCAUGUCUGGAUCCUCUCAGACGGUCUUCUUCUACUCGUUUUGGGAAUUUGUGCAACCUUGAAAACUCCGUGAGCGUCGGCGGGAAGAUCUCCGUGGCGAGAGGAAGGUGGUUGGUGGACAAUUGAAGUCGAACUUCGAACUUUUUAGGUUUAAAUUGAUGGCAAAACCAAGACAUUUAUUUUCUAACCAAGACAUGUCUCCAAGAUCUUUAAGAUCUAGGGAGUGGGACAGCAUGUCGCGAUGGUCCGAGUACCUGAAUCUUGAAGAAUCUUCUCCUUCAGCUAUGAACUGGAAGAGUGUGGGUUCUGAAGCACCUCCAACUUCUGGAAAUGUCCAAAAAGCUCUACAUAUGGAAUGGGUGCUUCAGCUUUCAAAAGUUGCAGAAGGUUUAUUGACUAAAAUGUACAGGUUAAAUAAUAUUCUGGACCACCCAGAUUUGGUUUCGCACAUGUUUUCAGAUUCAUUUUGGAAAGCUGGCAUAAUCCCUAACUUCCCAAAAAUCUGCAUACUCGUGUCAAAGAAAUUUCCAGAGCAUCCUAGCAAAUUGCAGUUGGAACGAGUUGACAAAUCUGCUCUUGAUGCUUUAAAUGAAAAUGCAGAAGUUUAUUUUCGAAGCCUAGAACCAUGGGUCAUGUUGCUUCUUGAUUUAAUGGCAUUUCGAGAACAAGCGUUGCGGCUUAUUUUGGAUUUGAGUAGUACAGUUAUCACGUUGCUGCCCCAUCAAAAUUCUCUGAUCCUGCAUGCUUUUAUGGACCUGUUUUGUUCAUUUGUCCGUGUUAACCUUUUCUCUGAUAAGGUACCUAGGAAAAUGAUCCUGCAAAUGUACAAUAUCCUACACAUAAUGUUAAAAGGCGGCCGAGAUUGUGAAUUUUAUCACCGGUAUUGGAGGCUGUGGGUCCAACAAUUUUUCUUUCGACUGAUACAAAAAAGUUGAGAAAUGAGGGAUUUCUCAGUCCAUUUCACCCUCGUUAUCCUGACAUACUCACAAAUUCUGCUCACCCCAGGAGGGCUCAAGACUUAGCCAAUGUUACAUCAUACCGAGAAUGGGUUCUAUUUGGCUAUCUUGUUUGUCCUGAUGAACUUCUACGCGUUACUAGUAUUGAUAUUGCAAUGGUUGUACUAAAGGAACAUUUAGUUCUCACAUUAUUCAGAGAUGAGUAUAUGCUAUUGCAUGAAGAUUAUCAGCUUUAUGUUCUUCCAAGAAUAUUAGAAUCAAAGAAAAUGGCCAAAUCUGGACGUGCAAAACAAAAGGAAGCAGACCUAGAGUAUAAUGUUGCAAAGCAGGUUGAGAAAAUGAUAUGCGAGGUACAUGAACAAGCACUGAUUUGUUGUGAUGCCAUACACCGAGAAAGGAGGAUAUUACUAAAACAAGAGAUUGGGAGAAUGGUCCUGUUUUUUGCUGAUCAACCUAGUUUACUGGCCCCUAAUAUUCAGAUGGUUUUCUCUGCACUUGCUUUGGCUCAAUGUGAGAUAAUUUGGUACUUCCAACAUGUUGGUAUUGCAUCAUCAAAAUCUAAAACAGCAAGGGUGAUGCCUAUUGAUAUUGAUGCAGCAGAUUCAACUCUUGGUUUCUUGUUAGAUGGAAUGGACAAGCUUUGCUGUUUAGUUCGAAAGUAUAUGACAGCAAUAAAGGGUUAUGCACUAUCAUAUUUAUCAUCUUGUGCUGGAAGAAUUCGAUUUUUACUUGGCACUCCAGGUAUGGUGGCUCUAGAUCUAGAUACCACCUUGAAGGGCCUCUUUCAGCAAGUUGUUCAUUGUCUUGAGAACAUACCAAAGCCUCAGGGAGAACAUAUAUCUGCUAUUACAUGUGAUCUAUCAGAUUUGCGUAGGCACUGGUUGUCAAUUUUAAUGAUUGUCACAUCUUCAAGGUCGUCUAUAAAUAUUAGACACCUAGAGAAGGCAACCGUAUCUACUGGAAAGGAAGGCUUGUUAUCAGAAGGAAAUGCUGCAUAUAAUUGGUCCAGAUGUGUGGAUGAACUUGAGAGCCAAUUGUCAAAGCAUGGAAGCCUUAAAAGGCUAUAUUUCUAUCACCACCAUCUUACAGCAGUCUUUAGGAAUACAAUGUUUGGGCCAGAAGGACGUCCACAGCAUUGCUGUGCAUGGCUUGGAGUAGCUAGCAGUUUUCCAGAAUGUGCCUCUGCAAUUGUUCCAGAGGAGUUGAACAAAAUAGGCAGAGAUGCGAUUUUAUAUGUCGAGUCACUCAUUGAAUCCAUCAUGGGUGGCUUGGAAGGGCUGAUCAAUAUUCUGGACUCAGAAGGUGGAUUUGGUUCUUUAGAGAUGCAGCUUGUUCCAGAGCAAGCGGCUAUUCGUUUAAAUAGUGCAGUGAAAAAUUCAACCUCCUUUCUUAAAUCACCAAAAGGCAUAUCUGGUUUGCUAGCUCCUGGACAUGAGAGCUAUCCUGAAAAAAAUAAUUCUGUCAAAAUGUUGGAAGCUGCCAUGCAGAGGUUGACAAAUCUUUGUUCUGUUCUGAAUGACAUGGAACCAAUAUGUGUUAUGAACCAUGUUUUUGUUCUCCGAGAGUAUAUGAGAGACUGUAUACUUGGAAACUUUAGGAGAAGACUACUUGGGGUGCUGAGAACUGAUAAUGGCCUCCAGCGUCCAUCCAUCAUUGAAUCACUCUUAAGAAGACACAUCAGCAUUAUCCACCUAGCUGAGCAACACAUCAGCAUGGACCUUACUGAAGGCAUUCGAGAAGUUCUAUUAACUGAAAGCUUCACUGGGCCAAUUUCCAACAUGCAGAUGUUUGAAAAACCUGCAGACAUACAGACUGGAUCUGCUGUGGAGAUCAUUGGCAAUUGGUACAUUGAGAACAUUGUGAAGGAUAUAUCUGGUGCUGGAGUUGUGUUUAUGACAACCCAUAAUUGCUUCAAGAGCACACAACCAAUAGGUGGAUAUUCAGCAGAGUCAUUUACUGAUAUAAGAGAACUUACAGCCUUUCUUCGUACUUUUGGUGGUUACGGAUUUGACAAAAUAGACGGGAUGGUAAAAGAACAUACAGCUGCACUAUUAAACUGUAUUGAUACAGCAUUGCGGUCAAACCGUGAAGCCUUAGAGGGUUUUGCUGGAAGCAUAAAUUCUGGCGACCGGAUUGAAAGAGAAGCAAAUCUAAAGCAAAUUCUGGAUAUGGAAACACUGAUUGGAUUUUGCAUUCAGGCUGGGCAGGCCAUAGCCUUUCGCAAGUUGCUUGUGCAUGCUGCUGGAGCAGUGCUGGAAGAAAAGGCACCGCUCAUUGUGUCAUUACUGCAUGGAGUGGGGAAGCAGUUACCAGAUGAGUUACCUGACAAAGAUGAGAUUCUAAGGCUGAGAAGGGUUGCAAAUAGUAUAGGUGUGAUUGGUGAGCAUGAUACAGACUGGAUACAUUCAAUUAUGAUGGAAGCAAGUGCUGCAAAUGAUAGUUCAUGGAGCUUGCUUCCAUAUCUUUUGGCUUCAUUCAUGAUGUCUAGUAUCUGGAGUAUGACUACAUAUGACAUUGAAACUGGAGGAUUCAAUAACAACAUUCAUUGCUUAGCAAGGUGUAUCAAUGCUGUGAUUGGGGGAAGUGAGUAUGUCAGGUCGGAAAGAGAAGAACAGCAAAGGCAGUCUCUUUCAAAUGGACAUACCCAUGAGAUGCAAGAGCCUGAAAUACUAAGCCGUGUGGCCGUUGAAGCAAAUAUAAAAUCUGCCAUGCAACUCUAUAUUAAAUGUUCUGCAGCAGUUGUACUGGAUUCAUGGAGUGAUUAUAGCAGGUCAUGCAUUGUGCCAAAGCUGAUAUUUUUGGAUCAGCUCUGUGAGCUCUCCUCUUAUCUUCCAAGAAGCACCCUUGAAAUCCACAUACCCUAUAGCAUUCUCUGCUCAAUAUAUCGGCAACACUAUGGGAAUUCACUAUCCAUGAUUACAGAAUUUCUAGGGCCAUCACCAAAGCAGUCACCAGCAGUCUCUCUCAUGCAUGCAUCCCCUGCUGUCAGGCCGAACCGAGGUGAUUUGACACCUCAGGCUAAUGCAUAUGACUCCAGUUAUUUCAUUGCAUUGACACAACGGCAGGAGGAAGGUUAUGGUGCAGAAAAUGUGAGGCUGAAGACUGGUGAGAAGCAACAGCGUAGCCUGAGAAGUUCAGGACCGUUAGAAUACAGUUCGAGCCGGAAAGUAAAGUUUGUGGAGGGAUCAAGUUCUGGAGGCCAGGGACCUAGCCCAUUGCCAAGAUUUGCUGUGUCAAGAUCUGGUCCUCUUUUGUACAAAUAG